GUGUGUCAGUGCAAAUUGCUUUACGUCAGUCAUGUGUUUACGUGUCUCGUGUAAACAACAGAGUGUCAGGAGGAGCAACAAGUUUCCUGUUUCAUGUCUUUUUUAUCAAGUGAUUUAGACUGACACUUUGUUAGCGUCACUGGGAUGUGUCAGCGGAUAUCCAGCAGCUAUGACAUCAGGUCUUUCAUGAUAACCGUAAACCACGGUCUCAAAAGCUGAAGUAUGCGAGGCCUCUGGAAAGGGUGGCAGAGAUGGGUGCUGGACGCGGUGCUAACCCAUCCACCACCCUUGGUUGCUGUUAUUCUGUGUGUGUUCAGCUCGGUGUUUGCCAUCGGAUUCUGGUGUGGGCAUUGGCUGGAACAAGUAGAUUUAGCUGCCUAUAGAUCCCUAAAUGUUUUCACAGACAACAUAAAAAGUGAAAAUUUAUUAAAACAAAUGUCAAAUGGUUUACCAAUUGAUGUGGUCUACACCUGGGUCAAUGGAACCGACCCAGAUUUAAUACAGGGAUUGCAGGCUAUGGCAAGUGGCUUUCAGGACUCAUGCCCCUUGUCUCAUUGCGUCAGUGCACCUUAUAUUAGUCUGCUAGAACCUACAUUAUCAAAAUCCUUUCUUCUAUCAAUUCCUUCCAUUAUUGAAGUGGGGCAUCACAGUAUCUCUCAUAAUAGUAAUACUCGCAACUUCACCAUCGUCCGUGUCUUAAAUGAAAACUCCGUAGGCACAGUAAUGUCAAAAUUGUCUGAAGCUGUUGGAAAUCACUCACAGCCCAGACAAGCUUAUUGGACUUCAGAUGUUGGGGGUGGCUGGGGUGUCAAGCAGAGACAUGCAGCCCUAGUAACAGGAGGUUCAACAAUACCUCAUGUUUCGCUUCUCAAACUUUUGUUUCCCCAGCAUUCUGAUAUCACUUCGGUGUGCACAGUGUCAGAGGCGAAUAUCUCAUCUCCCAUCUUCUGCAGACAGCUGUCAACAGUGAUGACCUUACCAGAAUCACUCAAAGUUAGGCAGGCUAUGUUAAUGUUGCAGCCUGAUAAGGAAGAUCAGUUAAAAGAAGUGGAUGUGAAUAGAUUUGUAGAUAAUGAAGAAUUGCGUUACUCACUUCGAUCUUUAGAAAAGUAUGCCCCAUGGAUAAGAAAAAUUUUCCUGGUGACUAACGGGCAGAUUCCCUACUGGCUGAACCUAGAUCAUUCACGCCUCACUAUCAUUACUCAUGACCAAAUCUUUGUUAAUAAAAGUGACCUUCCUACUUACUCAUCUCCAGCUAUUGAAAGUCACAUCCACAGGAUUCCAGGCCUAUCUGAGCAUUUCCUGUACUUGAAUGAUGAUGUAAUGCUGGGAUCAGAAAUAUGGCCAGAUGAUUUUUACUCUCCUUCAACGGGCUACAAGGUUUACUUAUCGUGGUCUCUCCCGGAAUGCUCCUCUGGCUGUCCGGGGUCCUGGCUAGGAGAUGGGUACUGUGACAGCUCAUGUAACACGAGUGCCUGUGAGUGGGAUGGAGGUGACUGCACGGGAGGCAAGGGCGAUGGAGCUGGUCUCGACAUGGAUUACGACUUUGGAGUGGAUGACACCCCAGACUUCUGUGCUUCUUCGUGCUCUGAUCUCUGGCUGGCUGAUAAGUACUGCGAUCAUGCAUGCAAUGUUCCAUCUUGUGGAUAUGAUGGUGGAGAUUGUGGGGUUGAAAAUAUAAGAAAGCUGCAUGAAUUGGCUGUUCCAACCUCAUCAAAUAUGACAUAUAUUUUGCCAAAAGGUAUAUCUAUAGCAUGGAUGAAUAUUUCAACACUUCUAAUGCCCAACAAGACCAUUGAUGGGCGCCACACGGAGCACGCCGGUGUUCGAAGCUUGGCAGUGAAUACAGCGCAGAAACUACUCUUCAUUUUCCUGAAGAACAAUUUGACAACAUCACUGCAGCUUGAAUUUAAUAUUAGUAGCAAAGAACAUUCUGAAAUGUAUUUUUUGACACUGAAAUGGAAUACCAUUGUGAAUAAGACCGAAGUAGCUAAAGUUACUAAAAACACCACUGAAAAAACAGUCAUAGUAUAUAAGAACUAUACAUAUGAGGAGGUCUCACCCAAGGUACUGGCUAAGAAGCUGGAGACAGCUGGCACUGAGGAAUAUAGGUAUGGUCUAGUGAAUGUGAAUUCUUCAAACCUGCCUCAGUCUCUGAUCCAGGCCAUCUUGCAUUUAGAAACUUUGCUUAGAGAUGGAGAGCUUACACAAAAUGGUUUCAAAAGAAAAAAGUCUAGCCUCAUAUCAAAAUUUAUGGAAGGAAAUAUAGGACAUGAGCUUGUGUUCAAUCAGAAAUAUGAAUUUCCUGAUAAAGAAAAAACAGAGAAGAGUCCUGAAAGGAAAAGUAAUGAAGUGAAUAACUUAAAAGUCCUUAAAGGAAAUAUUGAACAAGAAAAUAACACAAAGACUCAUCCAAAAUUACAUGAAACCAAAGAACUGAAUCAAUCUAAGAAUUUUAGGCAUCUUCUUUGGUCACCUCAUGAUGAUUACAUGGAUUCAGAGGAAGAAGGCGAUAAUAUGAGGAAACUGCCUCCAAAUAAGGGGUAUGUGGCUAAAAACAUAAGUGAUGGUACCAUAGAUUCCUACAAUGGAAAUCUUCCAUGGGAAAAGGAGAAGCUUUUCAAUCAGAAUUUAUUUGAGGCCAAACAUUCACAGCUGGUCUUCAGAAGAUUUCAGGCUUCUAAAAGGCACUUGUUGGACAUGUUUGCUGAGUCAUUACUGCAUGUAAACCGCCUCUACAACUCUGAAUUCGGCUACCAGGCAAGGAGAGUCCCAGCUCACAUGCCCCAUUUUAUCAGCAAAAGCGUCAUCACAGAUUUACAGGACAGAUUUUCCGAGGAGUUUCAGUUAACAUCUUCGCACAAGAUCCGUCAGGCUAAUGACAUGCAAUAUGCCUUUUCCUACUUCUAUUUCUUAAUGAACAGAAAAAGAACAAGAACCGUAGAGGAAGUCUUCAGAAGCUUUGAUACCGACAAUUCCGGGACUUUGUCAGACCGAGAAAUACGAAACUUCUUAACUCGCUCAAAUGACCUGCCACUGUACUACAGCUCUGUUCAAGCAUUCCACAAAAUUGUGACUAAUUGCUCCAACAGCAUUGAGACACAGCCUGUACCUACUCCUGUAUAUGAACGAUACACUGACUCAGAUCUCCCAACUGUUAGUCUGGAAUUGGUUUUGAAAUGUGCAGACCUUUCAGCACUUAUGAAGAAAAUGGAAAAGGUAAAUUAUUAUAAAUACACCCAUCAGUCAGAGGAUGUUGUACAUUUCAAGAUGGUUACAUCAAAUGUUAGUGUUGUGGUGCACAUGCUGGAUGAAGUGCGAAAGAAUCCAAGGAAGUUUAUUUGUCUGAAUAGCAAUAUCGACCCACGAAGUAAAGACAAUGACCUGAUCCAUGCCCUGGUUCAGGACAUGUAUGAGUCGCUGUUCCCUGUGCCUUCUUCGUUUGAAUUGCCGUUGAAUUACCGUAAUCGUUUCUUGUAUGUGAGCGAGUUGCAAGCUUGGAGGAAGUGGAGAGACUUCAUUCGGGCUUUAAUUUAUGCCUGUCUGACCUCUUUGAUUGUACUCACCUUAAUCAAUUUCUUUAGUACAGAGCUCGAGAGUCUUCGCAGAAAGUGGUGCAGGAGACGGAGACGGCGAGAUGGCUUGGGGGGCAUUAGAGUCUGAGAACAUGUGGACUUUGCUUACACUCUUUUCGACAGUGAUUAUAAAUGAGGAUUUUAUAGAAGUCUUUGAAAUGUCUUUUUGUUAAGUUGUGGCAAUGUUUAGUUCUUCAUUAUAAUUCAGGUUUUAUUUUGGAACAUGCUGUUAUACUGUAAACAGAAAAAGUAUGUUUAUUUAGGAUCGGUAUGUUAUUUUUUCAUAAAUGUCUCUGUAUUUGUUUGGUUUGGCAGGUUAUGUAUGUUGUAGGUCUUACCAAAUUCAAAAUAAUGCUGUAGGUAGUAUCAGAUUUAUUCAUAUUUUUUGUUUGAACAUAAACAUUAUAUGUAUCUAUCUCUAUAAAUAUAUAUAUAUAUAUACACAUACAUAUAUACAUAUACAUAUUUACAUAUAUAUAUAUAUAU